GUCGUCUCGCAGUCUGCCUGGAAGUUCGGUCGUUUUGUCGUUUUUUUGAUAGCAAAAAGAAAAAGAGUCGAAAAAGGACGUUGAUAUGCUGACUCAGCGAGGAUAACAAGCUAUAUUCGAUAUACAGACCGUGAAGUUAUGCAUCUCGAGCGCAACAUAUGCGAGAAUAUGAUCCGAGUAAUGAAGUACAAGACCUCCAAUUGAACAUAACUCAGCCUCAGCUGGCAUCGAUUUCUCAGGGAGCUUUAGAACGCGGGACUGCUGGAAGAAUGGGCAUGUUUAGAUGUCUCUUCCGCCAUGGCAUCUCUCGAGCUUGGAACUCGUCUUUAUUACGUCCGGCCGGUAACACGCACACCACUGGUCUUCCCUUCGAUAAGAGUGCGCUCUCUCUGGACUGGCCUCUGGAAGUCGAAGCCGGCCCCAAAGCCGCCUGAGCAACCAAGAUCUCGCCCUGCCAGCGGCUUCCAGACAGUCGAUGCUGCUCAGCUGGUGGAAGAAGAAGAGCUGCCAGACUACAAAGCCGAUAGGUUCUACCCUGUUCGUCUGGGGGAAGUCUUCCGAGGGCGUCAUCAAGUGCUGGGGAAACUCGGGUUUGGCUCUUCCUCGACCGUCUGGCUGGCUCGAGAUCUCAGGGACCAUCUGUAUGUCAUGCUGAAGGUGUAUGUGCAUACCUCUGCCAUUCAUCGCGAGAUACCCGUGUACCACCACAUCUCGCCGCAUAUCGAGACGGCUACAGCCCAUCGUGGGCGCCUCAACAUCCGGCAGCUACUCGACUCCUUCACAGUGGCCGGACCAGACGGCAGGCAUCUAGUUCUUGUCCACCGGGCCGCCCAGAUGAGCCUGCGCGACAUGAAACUGGUCUUCUUCCCCAACGGGUUUGAUCCAGCGUUCGUCAGAGGUGCCAUCAUCGAGCUUCUCCAGGCCCUGGAUCCCUUACACAGCCAUGCGGAAGCUGUUCAUACGGGUACGGAGUGGACUUCUCCAUUCUCGUCUGUAUGGAUAAAAAUUGCUUACGUAUUAUUCUUGUAUAUACGGAGUAUAGAUGUGCACUCUGGAAACAUGCUUUUAGGGCUGUGGGACAAUACAUUGCUUAAAAAUCUCGAAGAUGCAGAGCUAAGGGCUCCCGUUGCCCGGAAGCCGGUUUCGGACUCCCGGACGAUCUAUCUAUCGCGUCUGUCCAAGCCAAAGGAGGGCCCCAUGCUGCUAUCCGACUUUGGCGAGGCGAGGCUAGGCCCUGGGCCCCAUCCCGGUGAUAUCAUGCCACUCGAGUACCGGGCCCCCGAAACACUGCUCUACGUGACAUGGAGUUAUCCCGUCGACGUAUGGAGUGUUGGCCUCACGGCUUGGGACCUCCUAGGGCUUGAAAGACCGUUUACAGCCAGAGACGUGGAUGGCGGCGUGUACGAUGCCACGCAUUUCGCCCAGCUGAUUGCAGCACUUGGCCCACCGCCUCCCAAGUUCCUAGCCAAAAAUCCAGAAAGAAGAGCCGACUUUUGGGAUGAAAACGGCGAAUGGCUGGGUCUUGCGGAUAUUCCAGAGGGCCGGACCCUGGAGUCGCUCGAGACUCGCCUGGAGACCAGGGACAAGGAUGCAUUCCUGCGAUUCGUCCGUAAAGCCCUGACUUGGAUGCCAGAGCAAAGAGCCACCGCGAAGGAGCUUCUCCAGGAUCCGUGGCUGCUAGGAAGCCACAAAGCCGGUUCAUAGCAAGGGACUGUGUUCCAAUGUACUUUUAGAGAUAGGAAAGCCACCGUCAUGCUAACAGACAUCCCGCUCUCGGUCUUAUAGGAGAAGAAGCUAUUUCCUUUGUUGUCAUUAGGAAUAAUCCAGCCGUUCAAAUAAUAUAAUCGUGAAAUGCCAGCAAUGUUUCUUCUAUCGUCGCCUUUCCUUUGCCUGCCACUGCCGGGGGUAUUUAGUCCGCUCCCGGUGGUAAACUGCUUGAAAUCCUACCAGCAACAUUCUUUUCCAUGCCUAUCGAUAUAGUGUCGCCUUAGCUGCUGAUAUACCCGGCCGAUACCUGCAUG